AUGUCCGCUUCCUCAACCAAACCCACACCAACGACACCAACUCCUAAGAGGACUUCAGGCAGAGUAACCUUCUCAAUACCCAUAGAUUCCUCCCGGACGCCUGAAUUAACAAUUUCGACUACUCCACAAAAUACACGAAAAGUAUCAACAAGACACACUUCAGGCAUUAAUGGGUCUUCGUCUGAUUGGAAAGACACUAGAAGUUUAGUAUUAUCUCCACCUACAGUCAGAAUAAAAGUUAAAACGACAGACAAAAACGAGUCCUCAGACUCUAAAGACGCUACUGUCGGAUCCUAUUCAACGUCUUCAAUGCCAUCGUCAACAACUCGCCGUCGCCCAGGUCGACCGCGCAAGGCCUCUCCUCCAUCCACUCCUCAACCCAUUUCAACAACAGACUCGUUAUUGGGAAAGAGGCGUAGAUCAGCACAAGAUCAAAAGUCAGGGUCAACAUCUGUUGCACGCUCCGAUCCUACCCAAAAUUCGCCUGGCCGAAAGAAGUUGAAGAGAUCGUUGCCAGUAAACAAACCGUCUGACGAGAUAGCAAGCGUCGAUAAGAGAGAGCUGUCUUCAUUGGAGAAAUUGAGAUUGAAGGCGAUGCAAGAGAAGGAAAAUGAUCUUGUGAAAGUGGUGGAGAGACAUGAAGCGCUGGUUAGGGAGUUGUUCUUUAUGGAGAGUAGAAAUGCUGCGAUGACUGAUCUUGAUCCUCAGAAGUUGAAAUUGGAGAAUAAUGAACAUGUUAUGAAG